AAAAACAACUGGGCCAACAAAAAUACCGUGGAAAUAUCCGCCUAGCUAUAGUUUGUCUGCAGCUAUAGUUCUAAUGUUUUCAGGUUUUUGUGAACAUGCAGCGAAAUAUUACCAAGCUUCGUCUGAAUGCCCAAUUGUUGACAAGGUCUUUAUCCAGAACAAUAUCUGUCCAAAAUGAACCUGUUCUGAGCUUCAAAAAAGGCAGUAGUGAAAGAGCUGAAUUAGAACGUGCACUCGAGUCUCUUAGGAAGGAAACGGUCACUGUUCCAGUUGUUGUCGGGGGCAAAGAGUAUUUUUGCGACAAUUUUACACACCAGCCAUGCCCAUACGAUCAUCAGCAUAAAGUGGCGAAAGUUCAUUUAGCCGAUGAAGUUCUUUUGAAAUCUGCAAUUGACAAUGCAUUGGAGGCACGUGAAAAAUGGGACAUGACACCUGUGAAAGAACGUACGAACAUUUUCUUGAAGGCUGCUGAUCUUUUAGCCGGACCUUGGAGGUCUAAAAUCUUGGCCGCGUCUAUGAUGGGACAAGCCAAAACUGUGAUGCAAGCGGAAAUUGAUGCAACAUGUGAACUGAUUGACUUUCUGCGGUUUAACAGCAAAUUUGCUAUCGAGAUGGAUCAAAUCCAACCAACCGAUACUGAUGAUGCCACAAACCAUGUCAUUUAUCGAGGCCUCGAAGGCUUCGUUGCGGCAAUCACGCCCUUUAAUUUUACGGCAAUCAGUACUAACUUAGCAACUGCCCCUGCAAUUAUGGGCUGUGUUACGUUAUGGAAACCGACGACUUCUGCAACACUUGCUAGUUGGGUUGCUUACCAAGCGCUUCUGCAAAGUGGACUGCCCGAUGGUGUAAUUCAAUGGGUCCCGACAGAAUCGAAGUUCAUGGGAUCUGUUUGCAUGCAGUCACCUCAUCUAGCGGCUUUGAAUUUCACGGGUAGCACAGCUACUUUUAAACAUUUAUGGAAAAGCAUAGCUGACAACGUGGAUAAGUACCGAACGUUCCCAAGAAUUGUCGGUGAAACGGGAGGUAAAAACUUCCAUUUUGUUCACAACUCAGCCGAGAUUGAAUCAGUGGUGGGAGCAACCAUUCGCUCGGCCUUUGAGUUUCAAGGUCAAAAGUGCUCUGCUUGUUCGAGGAUGUAUGUUCCUAAAUCAAAAGCCGAAGAAAUCAAGCGGAGGCUAGUUGAAGAAACGAACAAAAUUGAGGUGGGUGCUGCGGAUAAGUUCUCCACCUUCGUCUCUGCAGUGAUCGAUGAACCAGCUUUUAAUCGAAUUGUCAGGUAUAUCGAUGACGCCAAUAGAAGAAAGAACAUAACAUGCCUGGUUGGAGGCGAAUAUAGUAAGCAUACAGGCUAUUUCGUUCAGCCCUCGAUUUACGAAGCCCAUGACCCGAGAGACCCUAUGAUGACUGAAGAAAUUUUUGGACCAGUUUUGACUAUCUAUGUUUACGAUGAUAGUGAGGCUGAGAAAUUCCUCGAUAUUUGUAACACCGCGUCUGUCUACGCAUUAACAGGCAGUAUUUUCUCUCAGGAUAAAGCCUUCAUGGAACUAGCCCGAAAGAAGCUUAGACAUGCAUGCGGGAAUGUCUAUUUGAAUGAUAAAAGCACAGGAAGUGUGGUAAAUCAGCAGCCGUUUGGAGGAGCGAGGUUGUCGGGAACCAACGACAAGGCUGGGAGUCCGCAGUACAUGGCAAGAUGGUCCUCGCCGCUGGCGGUGAAAACUGCGAUUGGAGAUAGAAAGACAUGGAGAUAUCCAUACAUGGAUUGAGGACUGAAUUUGAUAAGAAACAACAGAAUGUGAACUAGGUAAAAGGUUGAUGAAUAUUUAUUUGGCCAAUGUCGAAUAUAUUUGAAAAAAGUUGGAUGUGAUAGAAAUUACUAUUAAUUGAAAAUCUUGUAAUUG